AUGACCACUGAACAACGCCAGGCGGGCAACCGAAACCCCCGUCGUGGAGAAGUACGCCGCAAUACACCCCGGUCCCUCACCCUACCGGAGUCACUAACCGUCAAGGAACUGGCCGAGUUGCUCGACCAAUCCGAUGUGGAUGUUAUCAAGCAGUUGAUGCGCCACGGGAUCAUGGUGUCCGUCAACCAGGCCAUCGACCACCAGGUGGCCACUGUUGCCGCCGCCGCCUACGGCGUGCGUACCCGACAGGCCGACACCGCCGGCGAAACCGGCGCCCUCACCGCCAACGUGGGUGUCGAAAACGACGCGGACAUGAAACCGCGGCCUCCGGUUGUUACUAUUCUGGGCCACGUUGACCACGGCAAAACCAGCCUGCUGGACUACAUCCGCAACUCAUCCGUGGUUGACAAGGAAGCUGGCGGCAUAACCCAACACAUCGGCGCCUAUCAGUCCUGGUGUGCCGCUGACGAUGGCAUCAUGCCCCAAACCGACGAAGCCAUCUCCCACGCCAAGGCUGCUGACGUUCCCAUCGUCGUCGCCAUCAACAAGAUGGACCUGCCCGACGCUCAGCCCGAUGUCAUCUAUCGCCAGCUCAGCGAGCGCAACCUUCUGGUCGAACAGUGGGGCGGCGACGUUAUCGCCGUGUCGCUGUCGGCCCAAACCGGCAAUGGCGUGGGCGACCUGCUGGAAAACCUCUCCGUGCUUGCCGAGGUCCUGGAGCUCAAGGCCAAUCCCGACCGCUCCGCCGCCGGCGUCAUCAUCGAAGCCACCCUGGACCGACGCCGUGGGCCAACGGCAACCGUGCUGAUACAAACCGGAACCCUCCGCGUCGGCAAUCAGAUCGUGGCCGGCGGAUCCUGGGGACGGGUCCGAGCCAUUGCCGACGAACGCGGCGACCCCAUGGAUGUCAUCCUGCCCGGCUCCCCCGGCGUCAUUACCGGGUUGAACGCCACGCCGGAAGCCGGCGACAUUCUGCAGGUGGUUUCCGACGACCGAACCGCCUCCCAAUCGUCCACGCGACAACGCCAACGCACUGCAACCACCGGCAACCUGGAUACCGUCCUCACCUUGGACAACGUGGUCAAACAGAUCGAUGCCGGCGACGUGAAAGAACUGGUCCUGGUCGUAAAGGCCGAUGUGCAGGGUAGUGUGGAAGCGGUCACCCAAUCCGUUGAAAAACUGUCUGAAGGCGACGUCAAGAGCCCGCGUCAUUCACUCCGUUCCGGCGCAGUCAUCGAUUCCGACGUCCAGCUGGCGGCGGCGUCCAAGGCAUCGUAA